AUGGACCUAGGUGGAGGCUGGGACGACCACAUACCUCUGGUAGAGUUUGCCUACAACAACAGUUACCAUUCCAGCAUCCAAAUGGCACCAUAUGAAGCUCUAUAUGGAAGGAAAUGCCGAUCUCCUCUGCAUUGGGAUGAGGUCGGAGAGCGAAAACUACUCGGUCCUGAAUUGGUCCAGAGUGCUAGAGAUAAGGUACUGCUAAUAACGCGGAGACUACAAGCCGCUCAGGACAGACAGAAACGAUGGGCUGACAAAGGCAGGAGAGAAUUGGAAUUUUUGGAGGGGAACUUUGUCUUCCUAAAAAUUUCUCCGUCAAGGGGUGUUACCCGAUUUGGGCGGCACGGUAAACUGAGUCCUCGCUACAUCGGCCCAUUCGAGGUUCUCGCUAAAGUGGGCAAGGUCGCCUACAAGCUGGCCCUACCUCCAGAGUUAUCAGGAAUACACGACGUCUUUCACGUCUCCCUCCUACGCAGGUACAUCCCAGAUUCCAGCCAUGUAUUACAGUAUGAACCCUUGCAGAUAAAUGAAGACCUGACCUAUGAGGAAGCUCCUCUGCGCAUCGUCGAUAAGAAGGAGCAAAUUCUUCGGAGGCGUACCAUCCCUUAUGUCAAAGUUCAGUGGGCCAACCACACUGAACGGGAAGCCACUUGGGAACUUGAAGAGGAGAUGCGCCAAAGUUACCCCCAGCUCUUCGAAGAUAGAGAAGAAAUUUAUCAUGAUACUAAUGUUGUUGUCUUGGAUGAGAGUAAGGAAUUGGUGUUACUCCCUUCUCAAGGAGUAGAUCUUUUCAAUGAAGGCUUUCGUAAGACUUGUGGAGAACUAUGCUUCAAAGAGCUUAAAGAUUAUUUCAACAAGAUGAUGUGGCUCCAAACUCCAUCUUUUAGAAAUCAUGAGUUCAAAUGCUUGAAGGGUUUGUUUGAUUUCAGAAAGAGUGAUUUCCUUGAUAACAAUCCAAAGAUCGUAUGUCAAGAAGAGAUAUUUAUAGCACUUUCAAAUGAAGAUGAUAUUCUCAAGGAUCUUUGA